GGCGGGCGGGGGGCGGGCUGCGGAGCGGGUCUCCGGACUGGUCGAGGAAGUGACCGCGGGACGGACGCCGCGGUGCGCCGCCGCCAGCCCCGGACCAUGACGGCCUACGGAACCCAUGGGGGAUACGAUGUGCUGAUUCUGUAUGCGAGUGACGCUGCUGAGUGGUGUCAGUACCUCCAGAACCUCUUCCUCUCUACUCGGCACAUCCGAAAGCAUCAGAUUCAGAGCUACCAGCUGGAAGGAGAGUCUGCCAUCUCUAACCAAGAGCUGGACAUUUUCAGCAGAAGUCGGAGCAUCGUUAUUUUGCUAUCUGCUGAGCUGGUGCAGAGCUUUUAUUUCCCUCCUGUCCUGCAAAGCCUUCAGGAAGCUUUAUGGCCCCCACAGAAAGUAGUCAAGCUGUUCUGCGGUGUUACAGAUUGUGAUGACUAUUUGACCUUUUUCAAGGACUGGUAUCAGUGGCAAGAACUCUCAUAUGAUGAUGAGCCCGAUGCUUACCUAGAAGCUGUCAGGAAGGCUAUUUCAGAAGACUCAGGCUGCGACUCUGUAACUGAUACAGAAACAGAAGACGAGAAAAACUCAGUUUACUCCUGCCAACUUGCCAUGAAUGAAGAGCAAGAAUCAUCCAAGAACAUUGGGGAGCAUCUGGUGGUGCAGCCUGAUCACAUACGCUGUGGGGUACAGACCACUGUUUAUAUUAUCAUGAAAUGUAGACUAGAUGACAAAGUGAAAACUGAAGUUGAAUUCUCUCCAGAGAACUCAUCAUCUGUGCGUGUGCUGGCUGAGUUGGAGAAUGAAUACACAAUAUCUGUGGAGGCUCCAAAUUUAACUUCUGGAACAGUGCUUCUGCAUAUAUAUUCAGGGGACUUGAUGGUGGGAGAAACGAGUGUCACCUAUCAUACUGACAUGGAGGAAAUCAGCAGUCUCUUGGCUAAUGCAGCCAACCCAGUACAGUUCAUGUGCCAGGCCUUUAAAAUCGUUCCAUACAGCAUAGAAGCUCUGGACAAACUGUUGACUGAGUCACUGAAGAAGAACAUUCCUGCCAGUGGCUUGCACUUGUUUGGAAUCAACCAGCUGGAAGAAGAUGAUAUGACAACAAAUCAGAGGGAUGAGGAGUUGCCAACACUGCUUCACUUUUCUGCAAGAUAUGGGCUGAAAAACCUUACUGCUUUGCUGCUGACAUGCCCUGGAGCACUGCAGGCCUACAGUGUAGCCAAUAAAUAUGGUCACUAUCCAAACACGAUAGCAGAAAAGCAUGGCUUUAAGGACCUCCGACAAUUCAUUGAUGAAUACGUGGAAACUGCAGAUAUGCUGAAGAGUCACAUUAAGGAAGAGCUGAUGCAAGGCGAAGAGGAUGAGUCUGUUUAUGAAUCCAUGGCUCAUCUUUCUACUGACCUGUUAAUGAAAUGUUCCUUAAACCCAGGUUCUGACGAAGAGCUUUAUGAAUCUAUGGCUGGAUUUGUCCCUGGUGCCCCAGAAGAUCUUUAUGUAGAAAUGCUUCAGUCCAAGGCAGACACUCCAAUUUCUGGAGAUGAAAUCUCUCUAACUGUGAAAGACUCGAUGCUCCGCAAGUUUUUAGAAGGUGGUAGCAUGGAUGCACCAGAUUCUGGGGAAGGAGAUUCCCAGCAGUAUGGUGAAGAUGUCUAUUACUCAGUGGAAAAAGAUACUUUUCCCCAGGAAAUGGCUAGCAGACCUCCAGUUCCUGUUCCAAGACCAGAGUCCAGCUCUCCACAGCCAGACAAUGAGCUGUACAUCUCCAAAGUUUUUGCACAGAAAACUCAAAGACCUGAGAAUCUCUAUGUCCCUAGAGGAAAGGUGAGGAAAGAAACGAUGGUCAGGCCUGUUAGAGACUUGUCUCAAUCAAGUAUAUAUGAUCCAUUUGCUGGAAUGAAAACCCCAGGUCAACGGCAGCUGAUCACAUUACAAGAACAAGUGAAAAUGGGCAUACUCAACGUUGAUGAAGCUGUACUACACUUUAAGGAGUGGCAACUAAACCAGAAGAAGAGAUCAGAAUCAUUCCGUUUCCAGCAGGAAAAUCUGAAACGGCUACGAGACAGCAUAACCAGGAGGCAAAUGGAGAAGCAAAAAUCAGGGAAAAGUGCAGAUCUGGAAAUUACAGUACCCAUUCGACGUUCUCAUAAUACUUUGGGGAAACCAGAAUGUGGCAUAUAUGAGUAUACUCCAAGGAAAAACGUAUUCCCACCAAAAAAGGAGCUAAAGCGAGGAGACUGGAAAACAGAAAGCACAUCCAGUACAACAAGUAGUGCAAGCAACCGCUCCAGCACUCGGAGCAUAUUGAGUGUCAGCAGUGGGAUGGAAGGGGACAGUGAGGACAAUGAAGUCUCAGAAGCAAGCAGAAGCCGCAGCCCUAUCCACAGCCAAGCAGAGAGGCUGCCUCUCCCCCUGCCUGAAAGGCCUCCCAGAGUGCCCCCUCGAGGUGCAAGCAGGCCUGUAAACUGUGAAGGCUUUUAUCCUCCACCUGUGCCCCCAAGAGGUCGCUGAAUCUCUCAACAUCGGUGGAAUAUGAGAUUUUUCUAUAUAUAUAUAUGUAUGUGUGUGUGCUUGUACAGAUAUUUUUGGGUUGUCUUAAAUUAUUUAUAAGUGGGAGCCAAAUGUUUUUGUAUCUUUCUUCCUCCCUAAAGCUCUGGUAGCUCUGCCUAUGGUUUUCACUGAGAUUUUUUGGUCUGCUGUAGUUUUUUUUUUUGUUUGUUUGGAAGAAUGCUGGUGCUUUAAGACUUCGAGGGAAAAAUCAUGGUUGAAGAGGAGAAUGCUGAUAUGUCUUGGCAGCCCUACACCAACAUGGAGUUUCCCUUUGAUGAAGAAAGAACACAUCCUCUUAGAAAUUAAAUCCUGAUAAGCACUGUCAACAAAACUUUCAGUACAAUGUACAAGGGCUUCACUGGAAAACUUACUUAGAAAAAAAGCAAAACCCAAAAAUUAAAUACUUUGUUUGAAGAAUUCUCAUUACAGUAGGAGGUGCCAUGUAGUUCUGUUCAGUGUAACAUUUUCUGUGCAGGUACUGAAAGUCCAGAAAGUAUGGAAUCUCUCCAGUAAUUAUUAAACCACAGGAGAAUGAAAAGUUAACUUUUUACAAA